AUGCCAGCGACCAAGCACCCCGUCGUCUUCAUCCACGGGGCAAUGGGCUGGGGCAAGACGUCACCGCUCUUCAACAGCCUGCCGUCCUACUGGCCGAAGGGUGCUCUAGACGAGCUGAAUCCCAACCACAUCAUUGUCGACGUUGGCAAGGUUUCGUCCGACCACGACCGCGCGUGCGAGGCCUUUUACCAGCUCUUUGGUGGCAUCGUCGACUACGGCGAAGCCCACGCCGCGGCCUGCGGUCACUUGCGCUUCGGUGCCACGUACUCGAAAGCCAUGGCAUUGCACCCCAGCUGGAGCGAGCAUAACCCUGUGCACUUGACCGGGCACAGCCUUGGCGCCACGACGGCUAUCGAGCUCUACCAGUUGCUGUGCAAAGACGCAUUCCACGUCGGCUCGAACCACAAGUGGGUGAAGGGCAUUGUGAGCAUCUGUGGACCGUUGACCGGGUCGACAUUGGGCAAUUUGCUUGGUGGCGACGUCGAGAAGGGUUUGUCGUACUGCAGCGCAGGCUACGUGGUGGGCACGGCCCUCACGGUGCUUUGGAAGUGCCAAGAGUUUUAUGCGCCGUGGCUCAAAUCCGUGUACGACCUCGGGAUGCCACAGUGGACGCGUCAUCCAUCAUGGUCCUGGGUGUUUUCACGCGCGAACGACAUGUACACGAGCCGAGACCUCGCCUUCUACGAUAUUCUACCCGCUGCACGUCUGCGCAAGAACGAAAUGCUCGUUGACAUGGACAAGGUGCAUCUGCUGAGUAUCGCUACAAAGGCCACGGACACCGGACACAGCCUAUCAGUGCUUUCGUACCUUCUCCAUGCGUUCACACGCGGUCUUGAUGCCGACGCAUUGUACGACGGGUUCGAGAGCGAUCACUGGGCGCACAACGAUGGGGUUGUCAACACCGUCUCAAUGCGCUACCCACGGUCAGACUCGGAUGACUCGGAUGACAGCGGCAGUGUUACUGAUCUCGAAGCCAGCCGAGGGAUG